CACGGAGCCCCGAGCUCCGCCCCUCGCAGCGCCGCCCCCUCCUCAGCUGCUGGAGAGCUCGCCCGACUCUGCGGUCGCCGCCGCCUUUCGGGGUCGCUUCCUCCUCCGGCGUGCGGGGGCCGCUCCGGGCGGUGGCAGCUCUGCCCCGGGGAGGCGGCGGAGCCCGGGCGGCUACUGGGCACCGCGCGGCGCCGUGACAGGUGCAGAGUCCCGGCCCGGGACUGUCCUGCAGCGGCCGCCGCGAUGCCUACCAUGCGGAGGACCGUGUCGGAGAUCCGCUCCCGAGCAGAGGGUUAUGAGAAGACAGAUGAUGUUUCAGAGAAAACUUCACUGGCUGACCAGGAAGAAGUACGCACUAUAUUUAUCAACCAGCCCCAGCUGACAAAAUUCUGCAACAACCAUGUCAGCACAGCAAAAUACAACAUAAUUACAUUCCUUCCAAGAUUUCUCUACUCUCAGUUCAGAAGAGCUGCAAAUUCAUUUUUUCUCUUUAUUGCACUACUUCAGCAAAUACCCGAUGUGUCACCAACAGGUCGCUACACAACGCUGGUUCCUCUCUUAUUUAUUUUAGCUGUGGCAGCUAUCAAAGAGAUAAUAGAAGAUAUUAAACGACAUAAGGCAGAUAAUGCAGUGAACAAGAAGCAGACACAAGUUUUGAGAAAUGGUGCUUGGGAAAUUGUGCACUGGGAAAAGGUGGCAGUAGGGGAAAUAGUGAAAGUGACCAAUGGGGAACACCUCCCAGCAGAUCUCAUCAGCCUGUCCUCAAGUGAGCCCCAGGCCAUGUGCUACAUCGAAACAUCCAACUUAGAUGGUGAGACAAACCUGAAAAUUAGACAGGGUUUAUCAGCCACAUCGGAUAUAAAAGACAUUGACAGUUUGAUGAGAAUUUCUGGCAGAAUUGAGUGUGAAAGCCCAAAUAGACAUCUCUAUGAUUUUGUUGGAAACAUCAGGCUUGAUGAACUUGGCACUGUUCCCCUGGGAGCAGAUCAGAUUCUGCUGCGAGGUGCUCAGCUGAGAAAUACACAGUGGGUUCAUGGAAUAGUCGUCUACACUGGACAUGACACCAAACUGAUGCAGAACUCAACAAGUCCACCACUUAAACUGUCAAAUGUGGAACGAAUUACAAAUGUACAAAUUUUGAUUUUAUUUUGUAUCUUAAUUGCCAUGUCACUUGUCUGCUCUGUUGGUUCAGCCAUUUGGAAUCGAAGACAUUCUGGAAAGGACUGGUAUCUCAAUCUAAACUAUGGUGGUGCGAAUAAUUUUGGACUGAAUUUCUUGACAUUUAUCAUCCUUUUCAACAAUCUUAUUCCUAUCAGCUUGUUGGUCACAUUGGAAGUGGUUAAGUUUACCCAGGCAUACUUCAUAAAUUGGGAUCUUGACAUGCAUUAUGAACCCACAGACACUGCUGCUAUGGCUCGAACAUCUAAUCUGAAUGAGGAACUUGGCCAGGUAAAAUACAUAUUUUCUGACAAAACUGGUACUCUGACAUGCAAUGUGAUGCAAUUUAAGAAGUGCACCAUCGCCGGGGUUGCUUAUGGCCAUGUCCCAGAGCCCGAGGAUUAUGCUUGCUCUCCUGACGAAUGGCAGAACUCACAGUUUGGAGAUGAAAGAACAUUUAGUGAUUCAUCAUUGUUGGAAAACCUCCAAAAUAAUCAUCCCACCGCACCUAUAAUAUGUGAAUUUCUUACAAUGAUGGCAGUUUGUCACACAGCUGUACCAGAACGAGAAGGGGACAAGAUCAUUUAUCAAGCAGCAUCUCCAGAUGAGGGAGCAUUGGUCAGAGCAGCCAAGCAAUUGAAUUUUGUUUUCACUGGAAGAACCCCUGACUCCGUGAUUAUAGAUUCACUGGGGCAGGAAGAACACUAUGAAUUACUCAAUGUACUAGAGUUCACCAGUGCUCGCAAAAGAAUGUCUGUGAUUGUCCGCACUCCAUCUGGGAAAUUACGACUUUACUGCAAAGGAGCUGACACUGUGAUUUAUGAUCGACUUGCAGAAACUUCAAAAUAUAAAGAAAUUACCCUCAAACAUUUAGAGCAGUUUGCUACAGAAGGCCUGAGAACUCUGUGCUUCGCCGUGGCUGAGAUUUCGGAGAGCGACUUCCAGGAGUGGCGGGAAGUGUACCAGCGGGCCUCCACCGCCCUGCAGAACAGACUGCUCAAGCUGGAGGAGAGCUACGAGUUAAUCGAGAAGAAUCUUCAACUACUUGGAGCUACGGCCAUUGAGGAUAAAUUACAAGACCAAGUGCCUGAAACAAUAGAAACCCUUAUGAAAGCAGACAUCAAAAUCUGGAUCCUGACAGGAGACAAACAAGAAACUGCCAUUAACAUUGGACACUCCUGUAAACUCUUAAAGAAGAACAUGGGAAUGAUUGUCAUAAAUGAAGGCUCUCUUGAUGGAACGAGGGAAACCCUCACUCGACACUGUGCAGCCUUGGGUGAUGCUCUUCAGAAAGAGAAUGACUUUGCCCUUAUCAUCGAUGGGAAAACCCUAAAGUAUGCCUUGACUUUUGGAGUAAGACAGUAUUUCCUGGACUUGGCCUUAUCUUGCAAAGCUGUUAUUUGCUGCAGGGUUUCCCCUCUUCAAAAAUCUGAAGUUGUUGAGAUGGUUAAGAAACAAGUCAAAGUCAUAACACUUGCAAUUGGCGAUGGAGCAAAUGAUGUCAGUAUGAUCCAGACUGCACAUGUCGGAGUUGGUAUAAGCGGCAAUGAAGGCCUUCAGGCAGCCAAUUCUUCUGAUUACUCCAUAGCUCAGUUCAAGUAUUUGAAGAAUUUAUUGAUGGUUCAUGGCGCCUGGAACUAUAACAGAGUCUCCAAGUGCAUUUUGUAUUGUUUCUACAAGAAUAUUGUCCUCUAUAUUAUUGAGAUCUGGUUUGCCUUUGUGAAUGGCUUUUCCGGACAGAUCCUCUUUGAACGAUGGUGUAUAGGUCUUUAUAAUGUGAUGUUCACAGCCAUGCCCCCCUUAACUCUUGGAAUAUUUGAGAGAUCAUGCAGAAAGGAGAAUAUGCUGAAAUAUCCUGAACUGUACAAGACAUCUCAGAAUGCCCUGGACUUCAACACCAAGGUUUUCUGGGUUCAUUGUUUAAAUGGCCUCUUCCACUCAGUUAUUCUGUUUUGGUUUCCACUACAAGCCCUUCAGUAUGGUACAGUGUUUGGGAAUGGGAAGACCUCGGAUUAUCUACUGUUGGGAAACUUUGUUUACACAUUUGUGGUGAUAACAGUAUGUUUGAAAGCAGGACUGGAGACAUCAUAUUGGACCUGGUUCAGCCACAUUGCAAUUUGGGGUAGCAUCGCACUCUGGGUGGUGUUUUUUGGAAUCUACUCAUCUCUGUGGCCUGCUGUUCCAAUGGCACCAGAUAUGUCAGGAGAGGCAGCCAUGUUAUUUAGCUCUGGAGUCUUUUGGAUGGGGCUGUUAUUUAUCCCUGCGGCUUCUCUGCUCCUGGAUGUGGCGUGCAAGGUUAUCAAGAGGACAGCUUUUAAAACAUUAGUAGAUGAAGUUCAGGAGCUCGAGGCAAAAUCUGAAGAUCCUGGAGCAGUUGUGCUCGGAAAAAGUCUCACCGAGAGGGCGCAGCUGCUCAAGAAUGUCUUUAAGAAGAACCACGUGAACUUGUACCGGUCCGAGUCCUUGCAACAGAACCUGCUCCAUGGAUAUGCCUUCUCUCAAGAUGAAAACGGGAUCGUGUCACAGUCUGAGGUGAUCAGAGCAUAUGAUACCACGAAGCAGAGACCUGACGAAUGGUGAUGGGAGAAGCCGCAAGGUGGGCAGGGAUGGCGAAUCUCAGUGGAGAACGCUCAUCCUCCCUGCCGACUGCAGACCCAAUUCCAGCCUGGUGCAAGGAGAUGAAAGGCGGAUCUGAGCUCACUAGUUGAUUGGCAGCGUUCAGAUUCCUGUACAUUAUAGACGUAAGCACUGUGCAACUCUACUGUAACAUCAUCUCUUUCAGAUGUUAAAAAGUACUUGCAAAGUCUUGUAAACAAAUUGAAAAUGACCUUGUAUCUUGCCAGGGGGCUUUUCUUAAAUAGAAAAUAGGUUUGUGGGCUUACAUCACACCCUUACUCUGGGGCUGAAACAAUUGAGUGUAUAAAUCUGAAGAUGACCAACCAUUCAAAACACUCCAACAUGGUAAACAAGUUCAAAGGACUCUUGAUAUCUAGACUUAGAUUUCAGGAUAUGCCAAAAACAAGACAAAACAAAACAACCAGCGUUCUUAAGGAACUGACCCGCCUUACAGAGGAAGAUUUCUAAAUGGGACAUUACUAAGAUUUUGUGUCAGAAAUGGUCUUGAGAAAUGUUUGCCAAAGAAGUUCAAUAAAUGCAUUUCUUACUUAGUAGUCAUUUGCCCAGAAAUUUCCGAGAAAGCUCAACUCCUGCUCUUCUGUAAGAUAAGACCUGCAUGUCCAGCUUUUCCCACCUUAAGAGUGAUUUACACAGAUGAGUCUUUUCAAGGCAUUUGCUACCAACAUCUGUGAUGUUACCUCUGGCCUUACAAACGCUUCUUUCCUGUUUGUCUUGUUUAACUGUGCAAGUUAGACGGCAUGCGUGGUGAUGUGAUUCUGUGGUUACAUGCUAAGUUUUAAAACCAUGCCUGUGUUUCAGUCAUUUCUGGUGAGGUUUAGUCAUCUCACUUUAUCUAAAGUUCUAUCUUCUGUCGUGAGAGUGAGUGCUGUUGUUGUGUCUUCAAGUUUUCUCUCUUAAGACACCUGUUAAUCUGUGUAUGAGUGUGUGGAAUUUUCAGUGCUGCUGCUGAGACCUUUGGAAUACCAUGUCCCAAGAUAUGCAUGAGCUUUUGUAAAAUCCGUAGCUCAGCUUUUAUAUUGUGUUCUGGUUCUUCUGAUUUCUUCCCACUCAAGCUGCCUGCUGUCUCAGAUAUCACACCCAGGACUGUGGUGACUGCCUAAGACAGAGAAAUAUUUAACAGUUCACUUGUCAGGCAAUGACAAAAUUGGUCACAUGCUGCUAAUUGGGACAAACAAGUAGUAUGUUUCCCCCCUAUUAAAAAUACCUACUUAACUCAAGCCUAUAACCCCAAAACUCCUUUCCAUUCUGAGUGUUUCUUUAAUAUGUUUUAAAUGUAUGUGCAGUUUAUUUUCAGCAUUUCCAAGACAUUUCCCGAAGAUGCCUAUUUUGCUAUCAACAAUGUGGUAAAGGGGCUGUUUUAAAACCACAACUAGUUUUCUACACUGUUUUUAAAAUAACACUUUCAUUUAAGAAAGAAAAAAGAAAAUAAACUAGUUUUCCGAUACACUUUAGAGAUUGAAGCAAACUUUUUGCCUUUUUAUUCAGAAUCCUGUUUGCCUUUAAGUGAACUUACCAGCAAAAUAGGUAGAACUUCCUCUUUAGAAAACAUAUAUAUACAUACAUAGAUAUACAUAUUACAGAGAGAGAACCCAUUAGAGUUGAGAAGUGGUGAUUUUUUUCAAAUCACCCUUUGAGUUUAGAAAUUUCACUUUCUUUUUUUGUCCAUUUUCUCAAUGUAGAUUUAAAAUUUGGCCAAUCCCAUGUCCUUGUUUAUAUUUUUGCUGUUAAGUUACAAACCUCCCUCCCAUGUUUUCUACAAGUUAAGAGAAGUUAUCAUUCAAACCCGUAGGGCACAAGGGUUGAGGAUAUUUCACUCCCCAUCCCCUUUCCAGCUGGUUCUCCAAAGAGUAGAAUUGUGGAUUAGAACCAUCUGGGAGGACCACAGGUGUAAGAACCUCAGAUAACCUACAAAAUUCUACCCGCUCUUGAUGGUGGACUUUGCUGCCAACGGUUGAGGCCCACAGACAAGGAAAAGAAUAUUAUAGCUGUUUCUAUUUGUUUGUUGCUUCUUUCCCAAAAUCUUUAUAUCAAAUCUUAUGAAUUCAAUAGAAGCAAAAGGUCUGACUUAAAUAAGAAAAAUCAAAGUUUUUUUAUUUCUCAUGAAACAGAUUAUUUCUGUGGGAGUCUUCAGAUGAAUGCAUAAGAUCAGGAUCUGAAAUCUGAUUGGUUUAUGCAUUCUUUGUUCCAUUUUUAAAAAGUUAGCAGGCAGCCCAUGUCUUGGCUGCAUGGAUGGGAAUGGAAGGAUGGGAAGCCAUGAAUAAUAUCGUUGGUAAAACUUAAAAUAUGAUGCUGCAAUCACGGUGACUUUGGAGUGGGAAAGUCCAGAAUACCCUCAGAUAUUUUUUAAAGCUUUCCUGAAUGGAGGGAGGCAGAAAAAUCGAUGCAGUUUUAUGGGAAUGAAAAUAUACAAAGGGACUUUUGAACAUAAUUUUCUCAAAUAAAGGACAUGGACUCUUCAGUUAAGCAAAAUUUAAAAAAAAAAAAAGUCUCUUGUAGGGACUCUAGCAAAGGCUAACACCGUUGUUUUAAAAAUGUUUACAAUUCAGAAAAAUGCUACUUUGAGCUGGAAAUCUUCAUUCAUUUAAGUAUUGAAAACCUGGGGGUUGCUCCUUUUAAUGUUUGUUAGUGCUUACAAAAAUAUAAAGAUGUUUCACACUUAGAGUCUGUCUAGCAGAAAUGAUUAGCAGGAAAAUGUCGUUUCUCAGGAAUGUAGUGAAUUUUAAAUGAUAUAUGUGCUACCUACUGUCCAACACCCUUGCCUGUGUCUAAUGUGAACCUGCUUCAGCAAUGUGGCAAAGUGAAUGAAAAACGUUUGCCUGUUAAGUCUAAUGACUGCGUAUUCUGCCUGAUGAUAUUAGCCAUUUACAUGAAUUCUAUGAUCAUUACAAACUUAGGGGAAUUGGAGAUUCCUCUAAGUUUCUGGAUGGGGUAUGGGGUGGGCGGGAGGGAGGGGGGCUGGGAUGAAUUCAGAAGCUCAACAUUUAUUCUGAGAGUUAAAUUUUAUAUUUUAAUUAUUCAGUUCAGCACUCCAGAUGUCCAUUUGUAAAAGUCAUAUGAUCGUUUAUUCUGUAUUGUGUACAUUGUACAGCUUUUAGAACCUGUUGACUAAGAUGUUCUUUCAGGAAAAGAAUGCUAAUCUGAAAGUAAUAGAUUGUGUAUUCAUAAUUAUUUUAGUUAUAAUAACAAUGCCAUAAUUAUCGCAAAGCUAAAUAAUUACUAGGUUCUCUUUAUGUACUCUCUGAAAAUUCCUGGUUUUAAACAUUUAAUCAAAUAAAUCUAUAAUAUUGAAUUAGUCAUUGAUAAAAUUUGCUGAGAAAAUGCCCCAUUCACAUUACAUGAAUUAGAUUAUGGAUUUUUUUUGUAAAUCACUUAUAUAACCAUGCAAUUUGGUGCCUCAUAGAUGCUUUUUAGUGAUGAAUAUUUCUGCACUGUUUGGUCAAGAUCAUCUGAUUUUUUUUCACAUUAAAACAACUGAAAUCACUUGUGAAACAGUAAUAAUUUGCCGCAAUCUAAUUAACCUCCAACAGAUAUUCAAAUGGAAUGUCAGUUAAAUUUUGAAGAAGAGAAAAUAAGUGUUUUCCAUUUUUCAUCUUGAUUUAUUUUCUAUAUGAGAGCAGCUGUGUUUUUGAUAGGUUUAUGGUUUGCAUGAAUUGAUAUUUAAAGCCGCCUAGGCCAGUGCAUGGCUAUUGCUGUAAAUCUUGAUGUUUAUUUCUGCCUUAUAAAAUUCUAUCAUGACCUACCUGGAAUUUAAUAUCCAGUGGACAAAUGAAUUGGUUUUCUGCACAACUCUUUCUUAGUAUGUGAAUUAUUUUGCAAAUUUGAACAAGUUUAAUUGAAACUUUUUUGGUUUAGCUUGCCUCUAAGAACUUGUCUUAAUAAAGCUCACAAAACUUCUCAGAAAAUAAAUCUCCCUUAAGUAGGAAAAAGCUAGAUUUCAUACUGACUUACUUUGAAUUAGCAGCAACUUUCCGUAGAUAAAUCUGCUUUUGCAAAGAUGUGAGCAGAACAUUAAAAAAUAAUAAUAAAUAUUUUAUACCUGGUGGUUAUAGAAUAGAAGCCAUAGAUGCAGUGAUACUGUUUGUUGCUUAACUGUUUCAAGAUUCAUUUUUCACAUUUUCUAACGUAUUAGGCUUUGGGAGGCAAAUACUAAGGAAAAUUACAGUUUGUAUUCAGGGUAAAAUACCAUUUUUGACUCCAUGAAGAACCAUUCCUGCUGAAACUGCUGUAGAAUUCGUGACGCUGCAUGAGUGGAAAGUAGUAAAUCUGUGAUCUUAGUAGUUUUCUCAGGUUUGAUUAUCUCAAUCUUCAGUGCACUUGUGUUUUAUAAGUAGUUACUGGAAAAUAUUCAGUUCUAUGCAGUGUCGUGUGUCAUUGGCCUUUUGUGAAUGUGCAUGUUUUAAACUGCAAAUUUUAAACAUUUUAUCUUCUAAUUGUUAUUAAAAUAAAAUAAACUUACCAGUACAUGAAGA